GAGGCGGUGUCCGGACCUCGGGGCGGGCUGUGGGCGCGCUCGCGAAGGUGGUGGGCCGGCGGGCGGGCGGGCGCGAGGCCGCGGUGGAGGAGGAACUUGUUGCGCCCGCGGCUGCGCGGUGCCGCUCCCUCGGUUCCAGUUCGCCCGGGCGGGCGCGGCGGCGGCGGCAGAGGAGGUGCGGGGCCGGCGCGAUGCGGCGCUACCUGCGCAUCGUGGUGCUGUGCCUGGCCUGCGGCUUCUGCUCGCUCCUCUACGCCUUCAGCCAGCUCGCCGUGUCCCUGGAAGAAGGAGCGGGCGGAGGUGGCGGGAAGCCACAGGCCAAAGCGGCUUCCUGGCUCGCGGGCGGCGGACGCGGCGCGGCGAGAGGGGCAGGCAGCGCGGACCCCGCAGCGCAUCCCAGCGGGUCGGACAGGUGUAAAGAUUUCUUCUCUCUGUGUUACUGGAAUCCCUAUUGGAUGCUGCCCUCUGAUGUUUGUGGAAUGAACUGCUUUUGGGAAGCGACUUUUAGGUAUAGUCUGAAAAUACAGCCUGUUGAGAGAAUGCACCUAGCUGUAGUUGCCUGUGGUGAAAGACUGGAAGAAACUAUCACCAUGUUGAAGUCAGCUAUCAUUUUCAGCCUCAAACCUCUUCAGUUCCAUAUUUUUGCUGAAGAUCAACUGCAUGAUAGUUUUAAAGGCAUACUCGACAGCUGGUCAUUUCAACAAACAUUUAACUAUUCAUUAUACCCAAUAACUUUUCCAAGUGAGAAUGCAGCAGAGUGGAAAAAGCUCUUUAAACCAUGUGCUUCCCAGAGAUUGUUCUUGCCAUUAAUCCUGAAAGAAGUUGACUCACUAUUGUAUGUCGACACCGACAUCCUUUUUUUACGACCCGUUGAUGACAUUUGGUCUUUACUAAAGAAAUUUAAUUCCACACAAAUUGCUGCAAUGGCACCAGAACAUGAAGAGCCUCGAAUAGGAUGGUAUAAUCGCUUUGCCAGACACCCAUACUAUGGAAAAACUGGAGUAAACUCUGGAGUUAUGUUGAUGAACAUGACUAGAAUGAGAAGGAAGUAUUUCAAGAAUGAUAUGACAACUGUACGACUACGAUGGGGAGAUAUCCUUAUGCCAUUGCUCAAAAAAUACAAACUAAAUAUCACAUGGGGCGAUCAAGAUCUGUUGAAUAUCAUAUUUUUUCAUAAUCCAGAAAGCCUUUUUGUUUUUCCGUGUCAAUGGAAUUAUCGACCAGAUCAUUGUAUAUAUGGAAGCAAUUGCCAAGAAGCAGAAGAAGAGGGAAUCUUUAUUCUUCAUGGGAACAGAGGUGUUUACCAUGAUGAUAAACAACCAGCGUUUAGAGCUAUUUACGAAGCACUGAGAAAUUGUUCUUUUGAAGAUGACAACAUCCGUUCCUUAAUGAAACCUUUAGAACUGGAACUGCAAAAGACAGUGCAUACAUACUGUGGAAAAAUUUACAAAAUAUUUAUCAAACAGCUAACAAAAAGCAUACAAGACCGUUAUGAUAGACCUCCAAAGGAAAGGUGAUUCUUGGUGAUCACUAAAUCAAAUGAAUUAAAACCACAAAAUAAAAUGUGUGAAGGAGUAGUCUUAGAUGAAGUGUUCAGGAAGGAAUUAUUCACCUUUAGAAUAAUUAUUUUCCUGAAGAAGUUAAACAAGCAAUAUAGUCAUAUAAUGAAGAAUAAAUUAAAGUCUUGGACUCCAACAAGAAGACAUUUUUCAUCUCUGAUGUUUUGUAAUGUUACAUGCAGUCAUUCCAAUAUUGAUGAACAUAUUGAAUGGUUGUAGCCUACAGGCAUUGGUUGACUCUUAUUCUCAAGUGAGUAAGAACAGUAGGGGUGUAUGAAUGGAGAAAGUGUACCUCAUACACAGUGGAAACACUCAAAACUGUGAGUAUAGCAAUAAUUAUAUGUCAGCACUAACCUCACUUUAAAUGUGUGAGAAAAAAGUUGUUUACAGGGGCAGAAAAUAUUCUGUUUCUAAAGAAAUGUGAUGUAACCGUUGACAAUCUAUGUGUGCCUUUAUAGAUAUCAUCUCUGUUUUAAAAUCUGUUUUGUGACAAUCAUGUUUCAGUUUAUUUUUAGACUGUAAGUAAGCUGCACAUUUAAAAUUGAGCUGUAUAAGAAAGAAGGAAAACUGAAAAAUUUGGAGUUUUAGUCCCUGUGUGUCUGUUUGUGAAAUGUGGCAUUUUCAUUUGUCUUGCCAAACUCAGAUCUAAGAUUGUUAAACAGAUAUUUUGGGAAAUUUUUUAUCACUUUAAAUGGAAAUUUUCAGCUUUACUGGGCAUUCUAGAAGCAAAAAAAUAUGCUGAUAAUAAAGUGAGAACCUAAAUAGUA